GAAUCUCAGUUGAAUUUGGAUUUUUUUUUUCCCUUGAAUCUCGAAAAAAAGGCUACCACCGAUUCUUUUUUCCUUUACUGGUCGCACUCGUCAUGGGAAAGAAACCUUUUAUUGAUCGCAAGCAAGCAAAGCAUUAUCAUGUCGUCCAUCGAUCGCAAAAAGAUCCGCUUGUGAAUGAUGAUGAAGCUUCGCAACGAGUCUUGAGGGAGGUUGUACCCUCGAAUAUGCUAAAGCACAAAACCAAGGAAGAGCUGGCUGCCCUUAACAAAAAGCCCGUCAAACUGUCGCAAGACGAAAUUGAUCAACGAGUGGGCAAAGCAGCUUUGUACGGUAUUUACUUUGAUGACAGCGAGUACGAUUAUACGCAGCAUUUGAAGCCUAUCGGUGCCACCGAUGCCGUUUUCCUUGAAGCUCCCGCCGCCAGGGAAAAGACAAAACCCAGCAAAACCGGCGUUGCUUUCCGUGAUGAAUUACCAGAAGAUGGCAAGGACCGUACUCUGAUUGAAAUACCGGCAGAUGUGCUUCCUUCCGAAUACGAAAUGAAAGUCGGUGUAAUGAACCAAUCCACAGGGUUAGAUGGCGGUUUGCAGCCCGAUAUGGAUCCUCGUUUGCGCGAAGUUUUGGAAGCAUUGGAAGACGAAGAAUUUAUCGACGAGGAUUUGAAUCCCGAUGACUUUUUCACCUCCUUGGAUGCUGAUGGGGAAGUUUAUGUUCCAGAAGACGACGAAGAAGAAUACGAUGAAGAGGAAGAGGAAGUGGAAGAGAUCUUUACAGAUGAAGGCAACUAUGACUGGCAAGCCGCUUUCCGCAAUUUCAAACGAGAACAGCAACGUGGUGAUUCGGAUGAUGAAGACUUUGAUGAUGAUGAUUUCGAUGAUCGACAAUCCAAAGGAACCGGGUUUUCCGUUUCGUCUUCAAUGAUGCAUCGUAAUACCCAGCUACGUUUAUUAGACGAUCGAUUUGAUAAGAUUGAAGAAGAAUACAUGGAGGACGAAGACGAAGAUGAAGAGGAAGAUUCAAAUGAUGAGGCGUUUGAAGAGCGUGGUGAUUUCGAUUCAAUCCUUGACGAAUUCUUGGAGAAAUAUGAGCUUGUGGGAAAAAAAAUGGAACCGAAGCUUGAAGGAGAAACCAGCGGCGACAAAUUGGAUACCAUACGACGAGCUUUAUUCGCUACCAAGCUGGAAGAUAACCAAGAAAAGAAAGAAUCGAGCAAAAACAAGCCGAGAAAAGAGGGCGAGUUUGAAGAUUUAUUUGCGCGACCGGAACAACGACAGAGAGAUACCUGGGAUGUGCAGAGUGUAUUAUCCACUUACUCCAACCUCGAAAAUCAUCCACAGAUGAUUUCCGAUCGCGGCAAACCAUCCAAGAAGAUUCGCAUUGAUCCCAAGACGGGUUUGCCUUGCUUGGUCGAAGUGGCAAGGAAGCCUAGAAAGAACGACGAUAGAGAGUCUGCCGAGAAUGGAGAUGACGAUGAGGCUGGUGAAGAAGAGUCCGAUGACGAAGAUGACGAAGAACGAGUGAAUCUUGGCGUAGCCCGCUCAAAGAAGGAGACAAAGGAGGAAAAGAAAGCACGAAAGUUGGCUGUCAAAGAAGCCAAAAAGGUAAGUUAGAUAGCGUAUCCUCUAUUUGAAAAAAAAAGAGUCACUGACGUUUGCAUUUCUUUGUAUUUAGAAUCGACGUGAGGAAAAGAAA